AUGGCAGACAACAACACCUUGAGAGCACAAAUUUCCUCCUUGAGGCAAUCUUUCUUCGAUGAGGGAAUGCUUGACGAUCACUAUGUCCAACUCGAAGAGUUGGAAGCGGAGGACAAUCCUCACUUCUGUGAAGAAGUCAUGACAAUGUUUCUCAGGGACUGUACUAAAUUGAUUGCUACACUGGAGCGUUCUGUGCAUGAACCAGAAUUUGAUCCCCAACAGAUAGAUCAGUAUCUCCAUCAGCUCAAGGGUAGCAGCUCCAGUGUUGGUGCUGCUAAGGUGUGGAGUGAAGUUAACAUACUCAGAGAAAUUCUGAAAGCAGACGGCGACUAUGCAAGGUUUAGGGAUCAUUUGGCUCAACUCAAAGUUGAGCAUCAAAAGUUGGAAGCUAACCUUGAACCUUACUUCCAGAUGCUCAGGCAACUUGAUCCUUGA